UCCGCCCGUGAGCUACUUCCUUUCUUUUCGGCGACGCACGGCGGCAAGAUGGCCGUACAAAUUUCCAAGAAGAGGAAGUUUGUUGCUGAUGGCAUCUUCAAAGCUGAACUGAACGAGUUUCUCACUCGGGAGCUGGCUGAAGAUGGCUACUCCGGAGUUGAGGUCCGAGUUACACCAAACAGGACAGAAAUUAUUAUUUUGGCCACCAGGACACAGAAUGUUCUCGGUGAGAAGGGCCGACGGAUCCGGGAAUUGACUGCUGUGGUUCAGAAGAGGUUUGGCUUCCCUGAGGGCAGCGUAGAGCUUUAUGCUGAAAAGGUGGCCACAAGAGGUCUGUGUGCCAUUGCCCAGGCAGAGUCUCUGCGUUACAAACUCCUAGGGGGCCUUGCUGUGCGGAGGGCCUGCUAUGGUGUGCUUCGGUUCAUCAUGGAGAGUGGGGCCAAAGGCUGUGAGGUUGUGGUGUCUGGGAAACUCCGAGGACAGAGGGCUAAAUCCAUGAAGUUUGUUGAUGGUCUGAUGAUCCACAGUGGGGACCCUGUUAACUACUAUGUUGACACUGCCGUGCGCCAUGUGCUGCUCAGGCAAGGUGUGCUGGGCAUCAAAGUGAAGAUCAUGCUUCCUUGGGACCCAAGUGGUAAGAUAGGUCCUAAGAAGCCCCUGCCUGACCAUGUGAGCAUUGUGGAACCCAAAGAUGAGAUACUGCCCACCACCCCCAUCUCGGAACAGAAAGGUGGAAAGCCAGAGCCGCCUGCCAUGCCCCAGCCAGUACCCACAGCAUAACAGGUGAAACUAAUGAGGGACAGACUUGAUAGUUCUACAAGACUCAUGAUAACUAGAUUGAUUUAUCACAGAACGGGGACUUUCCUUCCUGAUGACAACUGUCCUGGGCCUGGAAGGCCAAGUCUAGUAGCCACACCAUCCUGGCUCUGAAAUAACCUGGCUCUACAAGCUGCCUAGUUUGGUUGUCUUUCCGACUAGACCUGUGGCGUGGUUUGCCGCUCCGUUGACUAAUGAGUUUGCCGACCACUGGACUAGACUAGAAGUUGCACAUGUACGGACAAUUGCACGUUGUGGUUAUACUGCUUGGCACAUGGUAAGGGCCUAAUGUUUGAGUGAAUUAAUGAAUUACGUUAGGAGUGCACUGACAAAUGUAUUUUUGGGCCUCCCCUCACUUUUUAAAAGAACCUUGGAUGUUUAUAUCGACUUUGUCUAGACUAAUAUCUUACUGGUUUUGUCAAUAUUGAUGGAGUUGAGACCACAUCUCAAUAGAGCUAUUCCCCUUUAUAAGGCUUGAUCUCUUGUGCAUAAAGUUAUUGGCAUUUUGCAGUUUUACUGGAAAUGUUACUGUUUGAAUUGA